CCGCGGGCCUACCCCCACUACUCGAGUGUUUUCCCCCUGCAACCCUUCACAGUCACGGCCACAGGUACGGCGGGGAGAUCCCAGCUAUGGUGCCAGAUGUGACAGAGGCGUUUGUGAAGUCCUUCCAGAAUGCAGCAGUCACGUUCUUUGUGACCCAUAUCAACACUGGACGUUGGGUGAGAAACACGUUAGGCAGCAUUAUUCCAGUCUAUAAGGAUGCCGUGGCACCCGGGAGUUUCCAUGGGGUGCCUGAGGGGUAUAUGAUCGCCUACUAUGAUAUGAUACCUCUUGUCACAGAAGCUCUAUCGACAUACACCCAAUCUGUGCGGGAUAUGCGGAUUAGCACCAUCGACGUCACACGGUCGCCUAACAGAGUCCCGUUGCUCUCAAAUUUCCUUUGGGAGAAAACAGAAUGGUACUCGGAUGAAUCAGAGGCAGUUAAUCCUGCACGGCCACAUUUCUAUCGAACGGUCAGUGAACUGAAGCAUCAUAAUCGGGAAUUUGACUUCAUAUGUGAGCAAACAGAGGAGAGCCCCUUUCCCUGGAUGGCAGUGAAAUGGGCGUCCGCUGUUCUCACCAUGGGUGUCCUGCUAAUGUUUAUGGCCUUCGCAGUGAGAGUGAAAGUAUCAGUGGUGGAGAACACUUACGAGACAAUUCGACUGAUGAAAGAAGAGGCUGAUAAAGCUAGGAACAGUGCUGAGAGUGCAAGCAAACUCAAGGCUACGUUUCUGGCCACGAUGUCCCAUGAAAUACGCACGCCUAUGAAUGGAGUCAUAGGUACCAUCCGAUACCUGCGAGAUGGCACUUCAUCCAGGAUGGUGUCCAUUGGGAAUACUCGUUGGGAGAAUCAGCUGGGUUACGGCCCUCAAAGGGGAGCCUGGGACAGGUCGCGACAACCUCCAGAGGUAGAGGAUGUGUUUGGGCGAUGGGUGGUCACUCUACGGUUGCACCCGAGGGAUGAUCCCAGUGGAGACGAGCGUGAGGUACAGGAUGAGGGAGUUUGCCCCCGCAGUGCUGCUGAUUCUCCACAUCCGCAGUAUGAUGACGACGCUUGGAGUGACCCUGAGGAGGUUCGUCGACAAAGUGCAGGGAGAGAUGUGUUCGAGGACGCGGGGACGGGCAUGGGGGGAGGUGAGGGGUGUUGGGCCGGAUUUGGGAUCCCGCAUGAGAUGCUACUGGGUGAUACCUUACCUCCGUCCAUACAUGAUGGGCCUGCCACGAGGGAUGACAGUUGCCGAGCAAAUGGGGGCAUACGGGGAGGUGGCACUAGUGGGUGCGGAUACGUCCGUACAGGAGCAGGAGGCAAGAGUGGAGGGCUGAUUGUGGAGGACGACUUGAGGGACAUGCGGGAAGAGGCGACUGGUCAAAGAGUAGUUGACAACACUAUGGUAGAGGCACACAAUGGAGAGGCCGUGGAUGCUAAGCUGGUGGAUGGCAAGAAUGCGGUCGUAUUCGGAGAUCUGCAAGCGGGACCGAUAGGAGACGUGGAGGAGGUCCAGGAUGAGGAGCCGGUCGCGACUCGUGUCGAGGUAGGGGACGAGGCAGUCUCGACUCGUGUCAAUGUAGAGGAGGAGGCACGACAGACGGUGCACAAGCAGGGAUGUACAUUCCGCCCCCCGAUAGUUGACAAGGAGAGGGUGAUGGAGGGGUCGGGGCCACUCAAAUGGGAGCGGAGGGAAGUAAUCCGCCGCUUCGUCGCCGAGAUCGACGAAGUGUACGAUCCGGUGCGCGCGGGGGAAUCGAUGAUUGGGUCGGGACAAGGAUAAUACGAUAGUCCAGAGGGAAUUCAAGGUGGGGGAGGGGAAGGAAGGAGAGGUAAUCAAGGGGGCGGUGGAAAAUGGGACGAGGACAGUACGUACGGGCCGGGAGGAGGACGGGGACGAAACGCGGAGGGGGUGGAUGCAGAGGGAGAUGGUGAGCGAGAGCGGCGGCGCCGGCGGGAGGUUGCUGCGUCAUUGUGUCGACUGGCGGCGUCCGAGGGAGCAGCAGGAUUCAACGCGAAUCCUCCCCGAACGGUAGGCAAUGCUCGUGCAGGAGGGGCUUCUCGGGGCUCAGGUGUUGAUGCCUCUUCUUCCUCCUUCGACGUCGAUCGGGCUUUCGACUCCUUUUCCUCUGAUAGUCUCGCAAUGGCUAUGCGUCCCGGGUCGUCAUCCGACGGUACCUCCCCGUUCUCCUGAUGGGCCUUCCAGAACUCGUCGAAGUCGUAGCUAUCCGGCGCAAGGUCGUCCAGGUCCAAGUAGCACCAAACC